AUGACGGUGGACUUCAGCCUCCAGAAGCCUGGUCCUUCUAAAGUCCCUAGCAGUCUCUUGAGGUCUGAUGCUGAGUGCGUGUUGAGCGAGGUGACCUUUCAAAUCACUCCUCCAUGUACACGCGAGAGUCAUUAUGAACGCCUUGGACGGUGCUGCAACAAAUGUGAACCAGGUAAGGCCCUGGUGGCCGUGGAGCCCGGCAACCGCACGUCCCCGAGGCGCUGCGCCUGCGCAGGCGGCUACCACUGGAGUGAAGACUGCGCCUGCUGUCGCCGCAACACCGCGUGUGCGCCCGGCUUCGGCGCCCAGCACCCUUUGCAGCUCAACAAGGACACAGUGUGCAAGCCUUGCCUUGCGGGCUACUUCUCGGAUGCCUUUUCUUCCACGGAUAAGUGCAAACCCUGGACCAAUUGUAGCUUUUUUCCUUUGUUUAACCUUAUUUCAUUGAAAGUGAUUUAUAACAUUUAUUAUCAUUCAUUCUCCUGUGUGUGUGUGUGUACGCACACGCAGACAGAAACUUCCUGUUUAUUUAUUCUCCUGCUCUUCGCGUCUGUGGCUGUGGUUGCCGCUGUCAGCUUUGCUGUUUACUACAGGAAAAAAGGGAAAACACUAACAGCUAAUCUGUGGCACUGGAUCAAUGAGGCAUGCAGCCGCCUGAGUGGAAAUAAGGAGUCCGCAGGCGAUGGCUUUAUCCGGACUCACGUGGCAGCCUCUAGUCCACGCCAACUUUGUGAAGGUGUCUUACUGCUGACCCUGGAGGAGAAGGUGUUUUCUGAAGACACGUGCUAUCCAGAUAUGGGUGCGUGUGCAGCAGAAGAUGCCACAACGCUCUCCUUAGUCAGCGAGGUGGAGGGGAACCCGCUCAGGCAGAUGCCUAUGGAAGAUGAGUAUGUGGACAGGCCUGCCCGGACCUCAGACUGUUUACUGGUCCUGACUCAGCCUGGAAGCAAAGCCACACCCCCUUUCCCUGAGCCCCUGGAAGUAGGGGAAAAUGACAGCUUAAGCCAGUGCUUCACUGGGACAGAGAGCAUGGCAGAUUCCGAAAACUGCCACCUGGCCGAGCCCGUGUGCAGGACUGACUGGAUUCCCAUGUUCUCUGAGAAGUACUUGCAAAGACAGGUGGAGGGUGGCACUUGCCCCCACUGGGCGGCCAGUCCCCACUCAGCAGAUGGCUGCACAGGCUGCUGUGACCCUCCUGGGGAGGACCGGGAACCCACCAUGGGUACCCCGAAAAGUGGACCCUUGCCUCAGUGUGCCUGUGGCAUGGGCCUUCCCCCAGAAGCAGCAGCCGACAAGGCAGAGGGGGGAGGUCAGCCCUGGGAUGAGGCUGGCGUGAGCCCUCCAAAGGCUGCUAGGGGAGGCCCUGGCUCUGGAAGCCCCUCCUGCGACCACCCACCUGCCACUGGAAAUGUGACUGGAAACAGUAACUCCACGUUCAUUUCCAGCGGGCAGGUCAUGAAUUUCAAGGGUGACAUCAUCGUGGUCUACGUCAGCCAGACGUCGCAGGAGGGCGUCGCAGGCGGUGGCGGCGGGGACCCGGCCGAGCCGGCGGGCCGCCCGGUGCAGGAGGAGAGCUCCGUGCGCUGCGACACGUUUGCAGGCAGCGGGGCGCGCCUGGUCGACAAGAGCGACGGGAGUGCGGACCCGGAGGCAGCGGCGCCGGUGCAGGAGCAGGGCCCGCCCGCGCCCCGCGCGCCCCGGGCCUGGCGCUGA